AUGGCCACACUGAAAGAAGAGGCUCGCUUUGGCCGUCUGCCUUUCGACCUAUUUGCUUUAGAAAAAUGGGACACCGAGGCUAACCCGACACCGGAGGGAAGCAAAGCCCAGUGGGAGAAGCUAGCAUGGGAAUACCAACGCUUGACUCUGAUUGAACGUUGGCCUUACUACAAACGAACCGAGCCAGAAGACACGCCUUCUACAAGUGAAGAUGAAGCGAUGCGGAUUUUGGGUAAUAACCAAAGCCCCGCAGAGCGCAACAUCAGCCUCGGCUUCUGUAGUGUCUGGAAGCCAGUCUGGUUGCGAAUAUGCUACGAUCCCACCCUCGCAGAGAAGUAUGAGGAGAUGAAGAAAUCAGCUUGGGUUCCUGGAGGUGGAGUCCCAGGGAAUUGCGUUCUAGACGAUGAAAUGCUCUACGCUUUCGAGGACGACACCCCAGAUUCGUGGAGAAAAGUACUGGUGCGGAUGCCUGGCCUAACAGACUUCCAGGGGGCUAGGGAUUACAGCGGGGAUGAUUCCGACAUUCAGUAUUCGAGCGGACAGAACGACGAGGUUAUUUUAGCAGAGAUCGAGGAAGAGGAAGACGAGGACACCAAGUUUCUCUCGAAGCUCAGCGUACAGGUACAGACGACAGUGUACUUGUUGGACCGUGAAGCUAUUACGACAGGGCUGAUCAAGGUACUUUGGGUAAAUGAACAUGGCCAGACCCUGUGGGAGAAUCGUGUGGAGCCUAGUACUUUAACACGCCUCUCAAUGGCCCAAGAAGACUCUUGUGGUCUCGCGGAGAUUGUCGGCUAUCGGGCUGUGCGGGGGGCGUUGAUCGUGAGAUGA